AAUUGUCUUCUUCUUCGCUUUUCUGAUAUAUAAAAAAUCGCUUCUUGGUCUCCUCGCCUGCUUCCAGGAAAUUCAUCUGCCGUGGUGGGUCUUCAAUGGCCAGCUAUAUGCAGCAACCUGGAAGCUAUCCUCUGCUUUUCUUUAUAUAAGAAUCAGAAUCAGAAGACCAGAGAGAGAGAGAGAGAAAGAGAGAGAUGGGGAGACCGGAGAAGGAAGGGAGGUGUAGGAAGCAUCCAAUUCACAAGAACUCUAAUGGUGUUUGCCCUUACUGUCUUCGAGAUAGGCUUGCUAAUAUCUCCGGCUCUUCGUCUUCAUCGAGAAACAACCCUGAUUCUUCAACGUCUUCCGUUUCUUCGACUGCAUAUUCAUCGUACGACUCCGAUGUUUCUUCUUCUGCUGGCCGGUCGUAUGAAGAACGAGAAAGGAGGAGUUUGUUUCAGCUGUUGAGAGGGAGGAAGAGGGUGCUGAAGAGCAGUCUUUCGUUUAAUUUAGGAAAGGAGAGGGAGAAGGUGGAUGGGAAGGGAGAGGAGGAGGAGAGUAAGAUGAAGAAGGGAGGUGGGAAGGUUUGGGUGAAGUUUGUGAUGAGGGGUGGAUUGGGGAAGAAGAAAGAUGAGGGGGGAGGUAGGUCGACGUUGUCUCAUUCCAAAACCGUCAAGGAGAAGGGGGGAGGUAGGUCGACGUUGUCUCAUUCCAAGACCCUCAAGGAGAAGCCUUCUUCAAAGUGGAGUUUGUUUUCUUAGGCCAGGAGAAAAUAUUACAUAUUUUGUAAGUAUGUGAGGAUAAUGAUGGAUAUGAUGUGUUUGGUAUUGUAAUUUCACUCAUCAUAUGUGAUGUGAUAUUUUCAUCUAAGGAUUAUCUGCACAUACUUACAAAAUAUAUAAUAUUUUCUCUCAAUGUGAUAUGAUCAUGUUGAUAUAUCUUAUUUUUUUUAUUAGAAAUUUUUAAGAUUGUGAUAAGAGAGGUUUGGAGUGAUUGGUAUA